ACACAAACAUAGAAGAUAUUUGAGGACGCAUGCAGCUAAUUAAAUAAAUAAAAUGAGCGGCCAAGCUUCUCUAUCCAUACAAUUACAAAUACUGGUGUUGGUGUAGAGAGAGAAAUGGCAGCUGCAAGAGCCAUUAUUAGCAGCAGCAGCGGCGGCUGCUGCGGAGACAAAGACCAAGUGUUUGUUGCGGCGGUGCCAUUGAGAGCCGCAAAAGGCCCCGCCCAAUUGGUCAUGUCGACUGCUGCUUACUCUCUGAAUCUGCAGCAUUUCAUGGUCAUCAUCAAACCCUCGUCUUCUAAUAACCAGCAGGCGGAGGGUGGGGGUAUGAUGGUAUAUGAUUUUCAGCCAGAGGAGCCUGAAAGCAUAUGGGUUGCAGCUUCAGCCUUGUCUGGAGCACAAGUCUCUGGAGUUAUUCUUGUGAGGAAACUAAAGAAGCUACCUAAUAGGAAAUGUUGGUUUAUUAGUUACGCUAAACAAAAUGAUACACACGCAGCAGCAACAAUAUUCAACCAAAACUGGGAUACUAAACUCACCAUAGGCCAUCAUGAUUGUCGACAUUAUUCUCAAGGUCUGGUGGAGUACCUAACUGCUCAGAAGCUUGUGUUGGACCAUCUAAAUUAAGCAAACCACUUGCAACACAAUGUGACGUACAAUUAUAUUGAUCGCUUCAUAUAUAAUUGUAUUGUAUUGUAUUGUAUUGUCGUUAGGUACAAUUAUAUAUACAUGUGUGUGUGUAUAUCUUCUCUUACAUCGAUCUACUGAUCAGAUACUUAAGAAAUUAGAAUGCAUAUAUAUAUGCUCUUGUGAGAUGUCACUUCCGGCUCUCGAGAAGCUAUUAUAUUAUUUCUGUAAACGUUGCAUUGAGUUGGGUUUAUUAAAUCAUGUUAAAUAUAAUUUUGUUUCUUCAGAAA